UGCACGUGGGAGGGAGCGGGCUGGGCUGGGCUGGGCUGGCUGUCGCCGCUGCUGUCGCCGUUGCCUUCCUCAGCUAGGCCGCUUCCCGGUUCCAGGGCUCUCCUGUUCCGUCACUGCCUCUUCCUCUGCCAAGCCGAAGGACAAAGCGCCCGCCGCCGUCGCCGGCCUCUCGGCGCUCUCAUGAUCUUCCGGUGCCUUUCGGCUGUGCGAGUCCUCCACAGGGUUGGUGGUUCCAGGAUUUUACUCAGAAUGACUUUAGGAAGAGAAGUAAUGUCUUCUCUUCAGGCGAUGUCUUCCUAUACUGCAGCUGGCAGAAAUGUUUUACGAUGGGACCUGUCACCAGAACAAAUUAAAACAAGAACUGAGGAGCUGAUUGUGCAGACCAAGCAAGUGUAUGAUGAUAUUGGAAUGCUUAAUAUUGAGGAAGUAACUUAUGAGAACUGUUUGCAGGCAUUGGCAGAUGUAGAAGUGAAGUAUAUAGUGGAAAGAACCAUGCUAGAUUUUCCCCAGCACGUUUCCUCUGACAAAGAAGUAAGGGCAGCAAGUACAGAAGCAGACAAAAGACUUUCUCGUUUUGAUAUUGAGAUGAGCAUGAGAGAAGAUAUAUUUCAGAGAAUUGUUCGUUUACAGGAAAUCUGUGAUCUGGGAAAGAUAAAGCCUGAAGCCAGACGAUACUUGGAAAAGUCAAUUAAAAUGGGAAAAAGGAAUGGACUCCAUCUUCCAGAACAAGUUCAGAAUGAAAUCAAAGUAAUGAAGAAAAGAAUGAGUGAGCUUUGUAUUGACUUUAACAAAAACCUCAAUGAGGAUGAUACCUUCCUUGUAUUUUCAAAGGCUGAACUUGGUGCUCUUCCUGAUGAUUUCAUUGACAGUUUAGAAAAGACAGAUGGUGACAAGUAUAAAGUUACCUUAAAAUAUCCACACUAUUUUCCUGUCAUGAAGAAAUGUUGUGUCCCUGAAACCAGAAGGAAGAUGGAAAUGGCUUUUAAUUCAAGGUGCAAAGAGGAAAAUACCAUAAUUUUGCAGCAGCUACUUCCACUGCGGGCCAAAGUUGCAAAACUACUCGGCUAUAGCACACAUGCUGACUUUGUACUUGAAAUGAACACUGCAAAGAGAACAAGCCACGUAACAACUUUUCUAGAUGAUUUAAGCCAGAAAUUAAAACCCUUAGGUGAGGCAGAACGAGAGUUUAUUUUGAAUUUGAAGAAGAAGGAAUGUGAAGAGAGAGGUUUUGAAUAUGAUGGGAAAAUCAAUGCCUGGGAUCUACAUUACUACAUGACUAAAACAGAAGAACUCAAGUACUCCGUUGACCAAGAAAUCCUAAAGGAAUACUUCCCAAUUGAAGUGGUCACUGAAGGGUUGCUAAACAUCUACCAGGAGUUGUUGGGACUUUCAUUUGAGCAAGUGGCAGAUGCUCACGUUUGGAAUAAAAGUGUUAUGCUUUACACUGUGAAGGAUAAAGCUACAGGAGAAGUACUGGGCCAAUUCUACUUGGACCUCUAUCCAAGGGAAGGAAAAUACAACCACGCAGCCUGCUUUGGUCUCCAGCCUGGCUGCCUUCUCCCCGAUGGCAGCCGGAUGAUGUCUGUGGCUGCCCUUGUGGUGAACUUCUCACAGCCGGUAGCAGGUCGUCCCUCUCUCCUGAGGCACGAUGAGGUGAGGACUUACUUCCAUGAGUUCGGUCAUGUCAUGCAUCAGAUUUGUGCACAGACGGAUUUUGCACGAUUUAGUGGAACAAAUGUGGAAACUGACUUUGUAGAAGUGCCAUCACAAAUGCUUGAAAAUUGGGUGUGGGACAUUGAUUCCCUCCGAAGACUGUCAAAACAUUAUAAAGAUGGAAGUCCUAUUACAGAUUAUUUGCUUGAAAAACUUGUUGCUUCUAGACUGGUCAACACAGGUCUUCUGACCCUACGCCAGAUUGUUUUGAGCAAAGUUGAUCAGUCUCUCCAUACCAACACAUCACUGGAUGCUGCAAGUGAAUAUGCCAGAUAUUGCACAGAAAUUUUAGGUGUUUCAGCUACUCCAGGCACAAAUAUGCCAGCUACUUUUGGACAUUUGGCAGGGGGAUAUGAUGGACAAUAUUAUGGAUAUCUUUGGAGUGAAGUAUUUUCCAUGGACAUGUUUUACAGCUGUUUUAAAAAAGAAGGGAUAAUGAAUCCAGAGGUUGGAAUGAAAUACAGAAACCUAAUCCUGAAACCUGGGGGAUCUCUAGACGGCAUGGACAUGCUCCAGAAUUUCUUGAAACGUGAGCCAAACCAAAAAGCAUUCCUAAUGAGUCGAGGCCUGCCUGCUCCGUAAACAGGGGAUAUUUGGUAGCCGUCCAUGUCUGGAGGACAAGUUGACAUCACCACGUGUUACUGGCCUGGAAACUGAAGGGAGUUUUGCAGAUGAACAUUUAGAUUUCUAUUGACUUCAUUUUGUUUUUUCAUUUUAAAAAUUGCACAAAUGUAAAUGGAAUUACAAAUACUGUGACCUAAGAAAAGACCCACAAGAAAAUAAUUGUAUUAUAAAAUUUCAUAAAAUUAGAUUUGAUUUCUUUUUAUAAAAGUUUCAUAUGAAUGUAAUUUGAUUUUUUAGUAUUAUAAUCUGCAUAAUAUAAUGUAAGAGGGCUAAGAAUUUUUAAAUUGAAUCAUAUAUAUUAUAUAUGAUUUGAUCCUUCCUAUAUUUUGAAAUUUUGUACUUGGAAUUUCUGGACUGAUAAAUGAAUCAUCACACAUUCCUCUGAUAAAUAUUUUCUUGAAGUCCUGCAUCAGUUUUGAUUCUGUAUCUCACAAUAUAGUAUGACCUCUUCUUUGCCUCUAUACCUCAGGGCCAUGACCAUAAAUCUCAGUAGGGCAUUUAUCUUCAUAUAUCAGACCUCAUGAUUUCCAACUUUCUGCCACACUUUAAUUAUGUGCCUCCACAUGGGCUUGUUUUUUCUGUCUUAAGUCCGGUCAGAGAGUACCAAGCAAUUAAUGAGUUUUAAUUCUACUGUCCUAACAUAUUGCAAGUUUUUGUUUCUUGUAUUAGAGGAUUAGCCCAUUUCUACUUCAGCAUACAAGAUUGUCAGUCUUUGGGCAUUUUUGCCAGAUUAGAGCACUAAAGCCAAGACCAAGGAUAUUUUUCUAUUCUCAUGUUUUUAAUAAGUGGUCGGGACUUUGCCUCCAUUACUGCCCACCUCACACAAAGUGGCAGGCAGAGUAAACAUGUCACAGAUGGCUAUUGAGAAUGCCAUGGGAAGAAAGCUGAAGCUGCUGUGGAUUAGAAGAAUUGAGAAACUCCAGAAGAGUGGGUUCUGAACGGAAGUAUUUGAGGACAUCUGCUCCAGAGUGAUACAUGUUUUCUUGAACACAUGGGGAGUAGGUUCAUCAGUAGCCUAUUUUGUCUGGUUAUGUUUUUAAGUUAACCUCUGAAUUGCUCUGUAACACUCUUUACUGUGGACCCAAGUUCCAAUUCUGUGCAGACUAGUAAACUCACAUUACUUAUUUUUCCUCUAGAAAGCUACUCAAACAGGAAACAGAAGCAGGAUAAUAAAAUAAUAAGAUAAGCAAAAUAAUGAGCAUACCCUGGUAUAGUUCUUCCGUUGCUUCCCAAUGUGUACCUGAGUUAUUACUUUGCAGGCCAAAGACAAAAUUAGAGCUUGUCUGCCCUCUAGUCCAAAUGGACUUUGAUUAUGCUAGGUAAAAAUUAUUAUGCUAAGUAAUAAAAUUCUGGACGGAAGGAAAAAAUCAUGAAUUCUAGAGGCCCAGAAGGAAACCUUAAAUAGCAUACCCUUCUGAGACAAUUUUCCUGGCCCUUCUUUCCCCCACCCUCCCUCAACAUCAUCACUCCUGGUCCCCAAAACUGUUUUUGUGCUUUAAGCAACCUAUGAUAGUUUUCUCAUAUCUUUUUAUUUUGACUGUUCAGUCUUCCAAUUUCAGACAAAAAUUCUCUUCAGCCUUUUCUACUGCCUAGUGUGCCUCCUUAAUGAUAAUUUUAUCAUUUUGAAUUUUAUUUCACAUAGAAAAACUAAUUAUUGGUGUGAAAAGUGUGGCACACAAUAAAGUUUCAUUAUUAACCAUAAUAAUGCACUCACAUUUCUUUUAUGUACUUUAAUGAUAAAACUGAAAUACAUAGGAGAAUAAAAACACUAUGGUAUUCUUUUUAUUUAGGGUUCACAUCUAAUGAUUAAAAUCUAGCAUAGUUCAAAAGGAAAGAGUUAUUUUUUAAAGCUUUUUGAAUGUGGUCAUCCAUCUGUUUGUUCUUUUUUCCAGAUAAAAGCAUAAAGUGUCACUGGGGUGUUCUGGAUGGUGAAUAACUAUAAAAAUUGUAAUUGGGCAAACUUACACUUCAGACUUACGGACUGAGCCCCAUGUGAUAAAGUCUCUCUUGGUUAUUGAUUCAUACAAUUCAGACCUGCUUUAAGUCUUCAGAGCUUUGUUUUGUUGCUAAGGAAGUUUCUUAAAACAUCACGUGGCAGUAGUAUGGUAGGCAUGCUUGCUAAAGGUUUAAUUUUAAGAUGCUACAGAGAAGAGAGAAUAACUCCUGAUGUUAUACUACCUAAUACAGAUUUAAAUGUUGCAUGUUUCCAAAAUAAAUCACUAAAAAUUA